GCGACGUGCACAAACGCAAGAAACGGUGAUUGCUCUGCCGCAAACAUACAAAACAUAAAUCAGACAACGACCGACGGAACGGAUGUUUUGAAUUUGGUGUGGCAUAAUAAAUAAAGAUCAUAAUGAUGAUGUUGAUGAUGAUGGUGAAGAUGUUGAUGAUGAUGAUGAUGCACAUCUAGAACGCGCUGCGAGCGGCAGAGUGUGGGAGAGCAAGAAACGGAAUUAAAACGUAACAUAAACAAUAAUAAAAGAAAUUACGGCAAACACAGGCUUCGUGUAAAGCGAAUUAAAAAUUAAAAAGCGAAAGCAGGAAGCGGAAAGUGUGCGCAAAGUGUAAAGUGUAAAGGGCAAAACAAAUACACGCCGACGGAUAUCCUGAUUAAGUUGUACGCUUGUAAUGCCCAGAGUGUGAAGUGUGUGUGUGUGUGUGCGGUGUGUACUGUACGGUGUGCACGUUGCACGGAGAACAACAAAAAGAAAAAUUAUUAAAAAAAAAAAAUUCACGCCAUAUAACGGUCAGGUGGCAUGGUGGCAAGUGGAAAUUACUAAACGGUCAAAUAAAUAAUAACAAUCUCUUGCUUAUGUACAUACCUACAAUAAUAAUACUGCAUAUGCACGUGUGUGUGCGUGAUACAAAUAAAAAUAUCAAACUUCAAUAUUAAAGGACAACAGCCGCUAUAACGUACAUAAGUACACUGUGUGUGUAGGUGCAUACAUAGCUGCUGGCAACCGCUCGAACUGGCAAACACUUGUGCCGAAGUACCAAUCAAGUUAUUAAUGUGCUUCCGACACGGUCUUUAUUCAUUCUCUAUAUACGCGUAAUAACUGCUGGCUACAACCAUAGAAAUAACGGUACACAUCGUAAGGUAACGCGUGAAUAUAUAACAACAACUACUCAUAAUAGUUUGCGUGCGCUAUCAACAUCAUCUUUGCUCAUAAAAUGGCUGUAAAAGGCGUGUUAUCAGCCGCUACGAACAGCAUGACGUCCUCCAGCGUGUACUCCGCGUCGUACAUCUCGCGUUUGGCUUGUUUCGCAUUUUGCCUACUCGCCGCGCUGCCGUUGCCGUUCUUCACAACAGCUAAUCGUUUAUCGGAUAUCAAACUUCACGAAGUCUAUUUGGACAACUCCGAGAUAAAACUCAGCUGGAUGGUGGACUGGUAUAAACAAGAGGUGCUCUUUCAUUUGCAAAAUGCAUUUAAUGAAAAGCAUCGUUGGUUCUAUUUGGGUUUCUCCAAGCGUGGCGGUAUGGGUGAUGCUGACAUCUGUUUCUUUGAAAAUCAAAAUGGAUUUUUCAACAUUGUCACCGACACCUAUACAAGUCCAGAUGGUAAAUUUGUACAAAAAGACUAUCAACAAGAUUGUGAACUCUUCAAAAUGGAUGAAUACACUUUGGCAUUUAAGCGGAAAUUCGACACUUGUGAUCCACUGGAUUUGAGAAUGCAUGAGGGCACAAUGUACAUAAUUUGGGCACGAGGUGAGAGUAGUUUAGCGCUUGAAGAUUAUCAAUUCCCUUUGCCAAAUGUUUCAACACACGAGUCGGGCGUUAAGAUGAUGCAAUUACUGCGAGCCGACAAAAUACUCAUACCAGAAGGAAAUUUAAAAACCAUACAAGUCACACUGGAAAAUGUUACGGUGCCCGCGAAAGAGACCACUUAUUGGUGUCACAUACAAAAAUUGGACGAGUCUUUUGCAGCGAAACAGCAUAUAGUGCAAUUUGAACCGUUAAUUACCUCGCCCGAUUUGGUGCAUCAUCUGGAGGUGUUCCAUUGUGAAACUGAUGCUGAAGUGGAAAUACCAUUGUACAAUGGAGAUUGUGAAAAAAUGCCGCUGGAAGCUAAAGUAUGCUCCAAAGUCAUAUCGCUGUGGGCCAUGGGUGCUAGCACAUUCACUUAUCCACCGGAAACGGGUCUACCUGUAGGCGGUAAGGACUAUAAUCCUUAUGUGCGUCUGGAGGUACAUUUCAACAAUCCCGAGUUGAAGGAAGGGCGCAUUGACAGUUCGGGCAUGAGAAUCAAAUUAUCGCCCAAGUUGAGACAAUUCGAUGCGGGCGUUAUGGAAUUGGGUUUGGAGUAUACAGAUAAGAUGGCAAUACCACCGGGUCAAGUGGGUUUUCCACUAAGCGGCUACUGCAUUGCCGAGUGUACGGAAGUGGCUCUUCCCUCCAGCGGCAUCAUCAUAUUCGGCUCACAGCUUCAUACACAUCUACGCGGCGUACGCAUUUUGACGCGUCACUUUCGUGACAAUGAAGAGCUACGCGAAAUAAACCGUGAUGACUAUUACUCGCAUCAUUUUCAGGAAAUGCGCAAUCUACACUAUAAGCCACAUGUACUACCGGGCGACGCUUUAGUCACAACGUGCUACUACAAUACGCUCGGUUAUGAAAAUGUAACUCUGGGUGGUUUUUCCAUCAGCGAUGAGAUGUGCGUUAAUUACAUACAUUACUAUCCGGCUACACAGCUGGAGGUCUGCAAAAGUUCUGUUUCUGAAGAUACGCUGGAAAAUUAUUUCAUUUUUAUGAAAAAAAAAGAACAUCAACGUGGCAUCCAUUUAAACGGUGGACGCUCGAAGAAUUAUCACAGCAUCAAAUGGACCGAGCCGCGCGUGGACGAAUUAUACACCAUGUAUAUACAGGAACCAUUGAGCAUGCAGUGCAACAAGUCGGACGGUUAUCGCUUUGACGGCUACAACUGGGAGGGUGCACCCAUAACACCGGUUGCCAUCAAAAUACCAAUGCAUAGCAAAAUAUGUCCCAACUACAAUCCAUUGUGGUUGAAACCGCUCGAAAAAGGUGCCUGCGAUUUGCUAGGCGAGUGUAUUUACUAAGAAGAAAAAAGUGAAAGGGAAAAAUCUGAAAAGUGAAGACAAGAAUUUUCACCAUUUUUAAAGGUGUCAAACACACAUGCAUAUAUUUUGUGUGGUGAAAAUAGAAAUCAAGACGAAGCGGCAGAAACUUUGGAAAUUUAGCUUUAUGAAGUAACCGAAAUUUUUUAGACUAAAUGUAUUAGAAACAAAAAAACCACUUGAAGAUCGUAAGCACCUACAUAAGAGUUUUGAGGUUAGAAUGAAUUUCAUUUUUUAAUUUCACCGCGGAAAAGGCGUAAAAGGAAAUUUCCAGUUAAAAAUGCCUUUCCAAAUUGCUUAUGAAAAUCUCUUGAGAUAUUUUUAUAGGAGUUUUAAGGUUAUUUCCCAAGAGGACCUUACAUAAUUCAUAGUAAAAACUAUAUUAAAAGAAAAUAAAUUAAAAAAAAUAUAUGUAUGAAGCGAUUAGUGUUUGAAAA